AACUGGCGUCACGCAUCGGCCACACACACACACACACACACUGAGAGUGAGUGAGGAUCUCUGUGCGCAGUGCGGAGCUGAAAACAUGAGCAGCGUUGCAUUGAUCAUCAGGGUUUGUGCAUGAUGCAUUAGACACACACAGGUGUGAUUUGACAGAGAUCAUGCGUGCGAUGCGCUCGAGCGUCUCUUCGCGGGGAAAGUGUCUUCAUGAGUGUCCAAAGUAACAGCAACAGCACUGGAAGUUUGGACGGAGCGCCAUCUUGCUCUCAGUUCUCGACUGGAUCUCCGACCCUGGGCUCAGUUUCUCCGCUCGAUAUCUGCGCUCCGCGGAGGCGUAAGGAAGGUAUGGAUGAACUGCAUUCUCUGGAUCCACGCCGGCAGGAGCUUUUGGAGGCACGUUUCAUCGGAGCAGUUAGUGGAAAUACAGGAGGAAGCACGGGGAGCGCGAGUGGAGGACCUAAAGGUUUGAACAAUAACGAAUGUUCCAGUCACAGUUUUGGCAGCCUGGGGUCAUCUAGUGACAAGGAGUCUGAGAGCUCUGACAUAAAGAAAGGAGGAUCGCCUGCAUAUUCAACUCCAGAGAAGAAGCACUCCGAGUCAUCCAGAGGAAGAAAGAGGAAGGUUGACAACCAAUCAGAGAGUAGCCAAGGAAAGUCUUCCGGCCGAGGGCCCAAGAUCAGCGAUUAUUUUGAUCUCCAGGGAGGAAACGGAUCAAGUCCAGUCAGGGGGCUUCCUCCGGUCCUGCGCUCACCACAGAACUCUCACUCUGCACCCGGCUCUAUCGUCAGACAGAACAGCUCCUCACCCACCAGCCUGUGUUUCAUGGAUCACACGAUGAAUCCAAAACAGCUGAGCAGCAGAAGUGUCCAGACGGAUUUGACACAGUUGAAACUGGCUGCACUUGAGAGCAAUAAGAAUCUUGACCUUGAGAAGAAGGAGGGCAGAAUAGAUGAUCUACUCAGGGCGAACUGUGACCUCCGCAGACAGAUAGAUGAGCAGCAGAAGCUGCUGGAACGUUUCAAGGAAUGCACUACGAUGAGUAAAAAAAAGCUCAUUGAGAAGAGCACUCAAGAGAAGCAGUCCUGCCGUGAGAAGAGCAUGCAGGACCGGCUACGUCUGGGACAUUUCACCACAGUCCGGCACGGAGCGUCCUACACGGAACAGUGGACAGAUGGGUAUGCCUUCCAGAACCUGGUCAAGCAGCAGGAGUGGAUAAACCAGCAGAGGGAAGAGAUCGAGAGGCAGCGGAAACUUCUAGCGAAGCGCAAACCUCCCAGCACACCCUUCUCCCAGAGCCCGACCCCCAAUGAGUCCAAACAGAGAAAGACCAAAGCCGUCAAUGGAGCCGACAACGACCCCUUCCUCAAACCCAGCCUGCCUAUACUGCUGACUGUGACGGAGUAUCACGAGCAGGAAGAAAUCUUCAAACUGAGACUGGGUCAUCUCAAAAAGGAGGAGGCAGAGAUCCAGGCGGAGCUGGAGCGGUUGGAGCGUGUGAGGAAUCUGCACAUUCGAGAACUUAAAAGAAUCAACAAUGAGGACAGUUCUCAGUUUAAAGACCAUCCAACCCUAAAUGAAAGGUAUCUUCUCUUACACUUGCUGGGAAGAGGAGGUUUCAGUGAAGUUUAUAAGGCAUUUGACCUGUUUGAGCAACGAUAUGCUGCUGUGAAGAUCCAUCAGCUCAACAAGAACUGGAGAGAGGAGAAGAAGGAGAACUACCACAAACAUGCCUGUAGAGAAUAUAGAAUCCACAAGCAACUGGACCAUCCCAGAAUAGUCAAACUCUACGACUACUUUUCCCUGGACACUGACACAUUCUGCACUGUUCUCGAGUUCUGUGAGGGGAAUGAUCUCGAUUUCUAUCUGAAGCAACACAAGCUGAUGUCUGAGAAAGAGGCUCGCUCCAUCGUCAUGCAGAUAGUCAAUGCCCUCCGAUACCUCAAUGAGAUCAAACCGCCCAUCAUCCACUACGACCUGAAACCAGGAAAUAUCCUGUUGGUGGAUGGAACGGCAUGUGGGGAGAUAAAGAUCACAGACUUUGGCCUGUCUAAAAUCAUGGAUGACGACAGCUAUGGAGUGGACGGGAUGGACCUGACAUCGCAGGGAGCCGGAACCUACUGGUAUCUGCCACCAGAGUGUUUUGUCGUUGGUAAAGAACCUCCAAAGAUCUCUAAUAAAGUAGACGUGUGGUCUGUGGGCGUUAUUUUCUUCCAGUGCCUGUAUGGACGAAAGCCGUUUGGCCACAAUCAAUCCCAGCAAGACAUCCUUCAAGAGAACACCAUCCUGAAAGCCACCGAGGUGCAGUUUCCUGCCAAACCUGUGGCGAGCAACGAGGCCAAGGCGUUUAUCCGCCGCUGUCUGGCUUACAGGAAGGAGGAUCGCUUUGACGUCCACCAGCUAGGCAGCGACUCGUACCUUCUUCCUCACAUGAGACGAUCCAAUUCAUCGGGGAACUUGCAGGCCAUGCCCGCAAGCCCCGCCUCUUCAGGAAUCAUCUCCUACUGAUUGGCUGAUCGAUCUUGAUUGACGGUUCUGAUGGUGAGUUCCCUCCCUUCAUCACCUCGGGGUGGACAGGAAGGGGGAGGAGCUAUACAUGUCAGCUGUAGGACACGCCCACAGCGACCACAGUGACUGCCAUUGAUACUGGGGCAGGAAUGGCUGAUGUCAUUUCCUGUGUGGAUCCAGAUGUCAGUCAGAGCUAGAACCUUUUGAAAAUGGAUAUUUGUUUUUUACCCAAGGCAUUUUGUGGAGUAGAUUUGGGAGGGUUGCGCUAACGUUUUAGCUACUUGUUGAUAUCCUCCCUGAGCUACACCUCUGUAACGGGGUGUUUUGUUUUGUGUAAGUGUGAAAUGUAGAGACGAUUAAUUGUAGUGUGAUUGGAAAUAGAAGAAUGAGUGUUUUAAUGUGACACAACCGUGUCUGUAAGAGAAAUUGUGUGUGUGCGCGCGCCUGUAAAUGGAUGUUUUACGCCACAGCGUUAUAUGUUGGCUGUUCAUAACAUACAUGUGUUGGGCACAGAUUGCAAGGUGUGUGUUACAAAAAUGCUGUCUAUUUUACUUCAAAGUAACAUGUAUGAAAAAUGUCAGUUUGUUUAAAUGGGCUUAAUAUUUGCAAAAUGUGGAUCGGUGAAUCUCACCAAAAAUGUCCAGAUCACAUUUCACCCCAAAAUCAAGGGGGAAAAAAGUUACUUAUUUCCGUGAAAGAAAUUAGGUGUUUUUUUUGUUGUUUUUUUUACUUGAA